AUGGCUGACCCGGCCCCCGACGACGGCAAGUACCUCUUCCUGGACAAUGACUUUCGCAACAGCGGGGUGGCGCCCGACUGGAUGGCCAAGAAGCUGGUGUGGGUGCCGUCGGAGAAGGAGGGCUUCGAGCAGGCCAGCAUAAAGGAGGAGAAGGGUGAUGAGGUGCUGGUGGAGCUCUCCAACGGCCAAAAGGUGAAGGUGAACAAAGACGAGAUCCAGAAGAUGAACCCGCCCAAGUUCAGCAAGGUGGAGGACAUGGCCGCCCUCACCUUCCUCAACGAAGCCUCAGUCCUCCACAACCUCCGAGAGAGAUACUUCUCCAGCCUGAUCUAUACGUACUCAGGUCUGUUCUGCGUUGUGGUGAACCCCUACAAGAUGCUGCCCAUCUACUCUGAAAAGAUCAUCGAGAUGUAUAAGGGCAAGAAACGCCACGAGGUGCCGCCACACAUCUACUCCAUCACGGACAACGCCUACAGGAACAUGAUGCAAGACCGUGAGGAUCAGUCAAUUCUCUGCACAGGUGAGUCUGGAGCGGGGAAGACAGAAAACACCAAGAAGGUGAUUCAGUACCUGGCUGUCGUCGCCUCCUCACACAAGGGCAAGAAGGACGCGAAUCCUCAGGGGGGAUCUCUGGCCUACGGGGAGCUGGAGAAGCAGCUGCUGCAGGCUAAUCCCAUCCUGGAGGCGUUUGGAAACGCCAAAACCAUCAAGAACGAUAACUCCUCAAGAUUUGGCAAGUUCAUCAAGCUCAACUUUGAUGUGACUGGCUAUCUUGUUGGGGCUAAUAUUGACACCUACCUGCUGGAGAAGUCUCGCUGUAUUCGUCAGGCCAACACUGAGAGAGCCUUUCACAUCUUCUAUUACAUGGUGGCAGGGGCCAAAGACAAGCUGAGGGAGGAGCUUCUGCUGGAGGACUUCGGCAGCUAUCGUUUCCUUUUGGCGGGUCACGUGGAGAUCUCCGGUCAGGAAGAUGACGAGAUGUUUGAUGAGACUCUGGAGGCCAUGGACAUCAUGGGCUUCACCGAGGAGGAGAGACUAGGGAUGUUAAAGGUGGUGUCCACUGUUCUCCAGCUGGGCAACGUCAAGAUUGAGAAGGAGAGGAACAGUGAGCAGGCGACCAUGCCUGACAACACGGCCGCCCAGAAGGUGUGUCACCUGCAGGGCAUCAAUGUCACCGACUUCACCCGCGCCAUCCACCCCCGAAUUAAAGUGGGCAGAGAGGUGGUGCAGAAGGCGCAGACCAAGCAGCAGGCUGAUUUCGCGGUGGAGGCUCUGGCUAAGGCCAUGUACGAGCGCCUGUUUCGUUGGAUCCUGGCCAGAGUCAACAAGACGCUGGACAAGAGUAAGAGGCAGUCGACCUCCUUCCUGGGCAUCCUGGACAUUGCUGGCUUUGAGAUUUUUGAGGACAACUCCUUUGAGCAGCUCUGCAUCAACUAUACCAACGAGCGUCUGCAGCAGCUCUUCAACCACACCAUGUUUGUCCUGGAGCAGGAGGAGUACAAGAGAGAGGGCAUCGAGUGGAACUUCAUCGACUUCGGCCUCGACCUGCAGCCCUGCAUUGAGCUCAUCGAGAGGCCGAACAACCCUCCAGGCAUCCUGGCCCUGCUCGACGAGGAGUGCUGGUUCCCCAAAGCCACAGAUUUUACCUUCGUGGACAAGCUGCUGAACACCCACACCGGUCACGUGAAAUUCUCCAAACCCAAACAACACAAAGAUAAACUGAUGUUCAGUGUGCUGCACUACGCCGGUAAGGUCGACUAUAAUGCAGAUAAUUGGUUGACCAAGAACAUGGAUCCUCUGAAUGACAAUGUGACGGCUCUGCUUAACAACUCCUCCAGCAACUUCAUCCAGGACCUGUGGAAAGACGUGGAUCGAGUGGUGGGUCUGGAGACCAUAACCAAGAUGUCAGAGAGUUCGGUGCCCAGCUCCACUAAAUCCAAGAAAGGCAUGUUCCGCACAGUGGGUCAGCUGUACAAGGAGUCGCUGGGCAAGCUGAUGACCACGCUGCACAACACCCAGCCCAACUUUGUCCGCUGCAUCAUCCCCAACCACGAGAAGAGGGCUGGGAAGAUGGACUCCAACCUGGUGCUGGAGCAGCUCAGGUGUAACGGGGUGCUGGAGGGCAUCCGAAUCUGCAGACAGGGAUUCCCCAACCGCAUCGUGUUCCAGGAGUUCAGGCAGAGAUAUGAGAUUCUGGCUGCCAAUGCCAUCCCAAAAGGCUUCAUGGAUGGGAAGCAGGCAUGCUGUCUGAUGGUAAAGCACCUGGAUCUGGAUCCUAACCUGUACCGUAUUGGUCAGAGUAAAAUGUUCUUCAGGACGGGAGUUUUGGCCCAGCUGGAGGAAGAGAGAGACCUCAAACUGACCGUCGUCAUCAUCGCCUUCCAGGCACAAGCAAGAGGCUUCUUGGGUCGCAAGGCUUUCAGUAAACGUCAGCAGCAGCUGAGCGCCAUGAAGGUCAUCCAGAGGAACUGCGCCUGUUACCUCAAACUCAAGAACUGGCAGUGGUGGAGGCUCUUCACUAAGGUGAAGCCCCUGCUGCAGGUCACUAGACAAGAAGAGGAAAUGGGUCAGAAAGAAGAGGAACUAAAGGCAGCAAAAGAGAUGGCAACCAAGGCUGAGACCGAACUGAAGGACAUCUCCCAGAAACACACGCAGCUGCUGGAGGAGAGAGCCCAGCUCGAGUUGAAGCUUCAUGCGGAGACGGAGCUGUAUGCCGAGGCUGAGGAGAUGAGGGUGCGGCUGGAGGCCAAGAAGCAGGAGCUGGAGGAGGUGCUGCAUGAGAUGGAGGCCCGGCUGGAGGAGGAAGAGGAUCGCAGCCUUUCCCUACAGCAGGAGCGGAAGGACAUGGAGCAGCAGCUACAGCUAAUGGAGUCCCACAUACGGGAGGAAGAAGACGCUCGGCAGAAGCUGCAGCUGGAGAAAGUGGCUGUGGAGGGAAAAGUGAAGAAAAUGGAGGAGGACAUUCUUGUCAUGGAGGACCAGAACAACAAACUGCAGAAGGAACGAAAGCUUCUGGAGGAGAGGUUGGCUGACAUGAGCUCCAACCUGGCAGAGGAGGAGGAGAAGUCCAAGAAUCUGACCAAACUCAAGACCAAACACGAGUCUAUGAUCUCAGACCUGGAGGUGCGUAUGAAGAAGGAGGAGAAGGGUCGUCUGGACAUGGAGAAAGCCAAGAGGAAGGUGGAGGCUGAGUUGGCCGACCUCCAGGACCAGCACGCUGACCUGCAGGCCCAACUAGACGAGCUCCGAGCUCAGCUGGCCGCCAAGGAAGAGGAGCUCCAGGCCACACAGGCUCGCUUGGAGGAGGAGAGCAAUCACCGUGGGGCGGCGGUGAAGCGGGUUCGGGAGCUGGAGGUACUGCUCUCAGAACUGCAGGAGGACCUGGAGGCAGAGAGGGCAGCGAGGGGGAAGGUGGAGGCGGCUCGGCGGGAUCUCGGAGAGGAGUUGAAUGCUUUACGCACAGAGCUGGAGGACAGUCUGGAUACCACCGCUGCCCAGCAAGAGCUACGGGCGAAGCGUGAGCAGGAGGUGGCCAUGCUGAAAAAAGCCAUGGAGGACGAGGGGCGGAGCCACGAGGCCCAAAUCCAGGACCUCAGGCAGAAACACAGCCAGGCUGUGGAGGAGCUCAAUGAACAGCUGGAGCAGGCCAAGAGGGUGAGAGCUGGUCUGGAGAAAGCCAAGCAGGUUCUGGAGAAGGAGUCGGCAGAUAUGAGCGCCGACCUGCGAUCCCUCGCCAGCGCAAAACAGGAAGUGGAGCACAAGAAGAAGAAGGUGGAGGGUCAGCUGAAUGACCUGAACUCGCGCUUCAAUGAGAGCGAGCGGCAGAGGACCGAGCUGGGGGAGCGAGUCUCCAAGAUGACUAUGGAGCUGGACAGUGUGACGAGUGUGUUGAACGAGGCGGAGGGCAAGAACAUCAAGCUGAGUAAAGAGGUCUCCACUCUGACCUCUCAGCUCCACGAUGCACAGGAGCUGCUGUCAGAGGAGACUCGUCAGAAGCUGAAUCUGUCCGGACGUCUGCGUCAGAUGGAGGAAGACAGGAACAGCCUGAUGGAGCAGCUGGAGGAGGAGACUGAGGCCAAAAGGGCCGUGGAGAGGCAGGUCUCCAGCCUUAACAUGCAGGUGUCUGACUACAAAAAGAAGCUGGACGAAACGUCAGGGAUGGUGGAAAUGCUGGAAGAGGGGAAGAAGCGUCUACAGCGCGAGCUGGAGGCGACCAACAGCGACUACGAGGAGAAGGCGUCCGCAUACGACAAGCUGGAGAAGAGCCGGAGCCGGCUGCAGCAGGAGCUGGAGGACGUCCUCAUGGACCUGGACAGCCAGCGGCAGCUCGUCUCCAACCUGGAGAAGAAGCAGAAGAAGUUUGAUCAGAUGCUGGCUGAGGAGCGCGCUGUGUCCUGCAAGUUUGCAGAGGAGCGGGAUCGAGCGGAGGCGGAGGCGAGAGAGAAGGAGACGCGGGUGUUAGCUCUGGCCAGAGCGUUGGAGGAGAACCAGGACUCUCUGGAGGAGGCGGAGAAGACCAUGAAGGCCCUCCGAGCUGAGAUGGAGGACCUCAUCAGCUCCAAGGACGACGUGGGAAAGAGUGUCCAUGACCUGGAGAAGGCCAAGCGUGGCCUGGAGGCCAUCGUGGACGAGAUGAGAACGCAGAUGGAGGAACUGGAGGACGAACUGCAGGUCGCUGAGGAUGCCAAGCUGCGUCUGGAGGUCAAUACUCAGGCUCUGAGAGCUCAGCAUGAGAGGGAGCUGCACGCCCGCGAUGAGAUGGGUGAAGAGAAGAGGAAGCAGCUCCUCAAACAGGUGCGUGAGCUGGAGGCGGAGCUGGAGGAGGAGAGGAAGCAGCGAGGUCAAGCGUCAGGCAGCAAGAAGAAGCUGGAGGGGGAGCUGAAGGACAUGGAGGACCAGCUGGAGGCCACCAACAGGGGGCGUGACGAAGCAGUAAAGCAGCUCCGCAAGAUCCAGGGCCAGGUGAAGGAUCUCCAGAGGGAGCUGGAGGACUCGCGCGCAGCCCAGAAGGAGGUCCUCGCCUCAGCCAGGGAGUCUGAGCGCAGAUCCAAGGCCAUGGAGGCGGACAUCGUCCAGCUCCACGAGAUGUUGGCAGCAGCUGAGAGAGCUCGUAAGCAGGCAGAGGCAGAAAGAGACGAGCUGACUGAAGAACUGGCCAGUAACUCCGGAAAAUCACUACUCUCUGAUGAAAAGCGUCGUCUGGAGACUAAGAUCAACCAGCUGGAGGAGGAGCUGGAGGAAGAGCAGACCAACGUGGAGAGCCUCAAUGACCGGCUGAGGAAGAGCCAGCAGCUGGUGGAGCAGCUGGGUGCAGAGCUGGCAGCAGAGAGGUCUUCCUCUCAGAGUCGGGAGGGAUCCAGGCAGCAGCUGGAGAGACAAAACCGCGAGCUGAAGGCCAAACUGCAGGAGAUAGAGGGCCAGGGCCGCUCCAAACUCAAAUCCUCUAUCGCCGCCCUCGAGGCCAAGCUGAGAGAGGUUGAAGAGCAGCUGGAGAUUGAGAGCAGAGAGCGUCAGGCCAACGGAAAGAAUCUGCGCCAGAAAGAGAAAAAACUGAAGGAAUUAACCGUCCAGAUGGAGGAUGAGAGGAAGCAGGCGCAGCAAUACAAAGACCAGGCAGAGAAGGGCAACAUUCGGGUGAAGCAGCUGAAGCAUCAGCUGGAGGAGGCGGAGGAGGAGGCUCAGCGCGUGGCGGCGGCUCGCAGGAAGCUGCAGAGGGAGCUGGAGGAGGCGAGCGAGGCCAACGACACUCUUAACAGAGAGAUGGCUUCACUCAGGAGCAAACUGAGGCGUGGUGGCGGGGAGGUGACGUUCAGCAGCCCCAGUCCCCGUAGCAGCAGCAGCAGCAGCAGCAGCAUGAGGAGCCUGGGGCUGGGAGGGAGCAUCAGCCGGAGGAGCACCAUCAAGGAGAACUCAGUGGAGCUGCAGGAGGAAGAGCCUCGAUCCCCGUCUCCUCCUGCCUGUAACCAGGAGCAACGCGGGGAGGCCAACAACUUCUCCCAUGAUGAGUAGAGGGACCUCAGCAUUGUGAUUGGAUAUCACCAAAGUAAAGUGGGCAGAACCUGUUCCACAAAUAUUUAUACUAUAUGCUUUUAAUUUAAAUUUUAAAGUUUCCUUUUAACAAUAAUGUUCCUGAACAGAGAAAAAAAGGAGUCUUGUGGAUAUUAUAACAACAAUAUUGUAUAUUUAUGUUGAAAUUUGUUUCGGUCUCUUGAGUAAUUACACAAAAAAGUUGGAGUAAAAGACAAAUAUGACAGCAGAACAGCCCAAGAUAGAGACGAGAUGUUCUUCAAACCAAAACAGCUGAAGCUACAGCUUAUUGUGCUGAGCUUUCUUUUAAUACACAACUUAUUUGGUGUCAAAAAGUAACUCAAAACUCUACACUUUCCCUACUAUACUGAUUACAACACUAUAAUAUUUGUUCACCAAAUAAUUUUCAAUUAUUCCAGACUUACAAAGUCUGUAAAAUUAAUUGGCAACUCGUAAAAAUUCAAAACAUGCAGGUUCCAGCUUCUCAAAUAUGAAGAUUUUAUGCUUUUUGUCGUCAUAAAUAUGAUAGUAAACUGAAUAUAUCUGUUGGUCAGAUCAAACAAGCAUCUUUGAAGACAUCACCUUGGGCUCUGGGAAGUUAUACUGGGUGUUUUUCUUACUUUCUGACAUUUAUUGACAAAAUAAUUAAUUGAUCGAUCAAGAAAACAAUCUAAAGAGAUAAUAUUUUACAAGAACAUCUGCAAUAACUUUCAAGUCUUUAGUUGUAGAGCUAUAAAAUAUAUUUACUUUCGUCCUGUCCCCUUGUUUCUAAAAUAUGCACAUAGAGGACCUAAGACCCUCCCUUUCCGGCAGUUAUUUAUCAGUGUUACAACAAAACCAAACACUUAUAAGUUUUGUUAUACGCCAUGUUAGCGACCUUUCAAUCACAAGGUAGUCCCGCCCAAAAGCAUAUGACUUGAAACUAGUGACUGAGACCAUAAACUCAUUAGGAAAGUGUUUACUAAGGUAAUAAUUCAGCUGGGAAGUAGAAACAUUUUAUCAACAUUUCUAAUGGAAACGGACUUCUUUUUGCCCCCUGCUGGCUGUUAGAGAGAAUGCAGUUGUAAGUUCCAUCUGCAUGGUUUCACUUUCAAACCCAGAGGUUGCUGCAUGAUUGAGAUUAGAGAAAUAACAUUUGACAACCGCUCGUCACGUAACUACAAAUCUGGAUUGGACAACGGUGCACGCCAUGAGCUGCAAAACAACUGCAGGAUGUUGAGUUUCUAAUUUUUUUCCCGACGUUACUCCUUACUGGCCCCGGGCCAUCGGGCCGCCGUUAUUGUCGAGUAUUCUGAUCUCUGUGGGCCCUCGUCACAGGAAGGCCCUGUACACUCAGUCCCCUUUACCCCCCCAAAAAAAACCCAUGGGGCGGAAACGAAGGAGGAACAAAGUCAUUGGUGGUCUUUCGUUUUAAACAACUCUCUGAGUCGUUAUACAUGAUCAUGUGAUGGUCACCACUUAGGAAUGUUUCAACUGUUUCCCAGAAAUUACAUUUUCAUAUCAAAUUGCUCUUAAAUACUCUAGUACCCAUGAGCCUCAGCAGCUGUUGAUAUGCAGAAGACCACAGCAAGUUCAGGACACUUUGUCGCUGCAAUCAGGAACAAAACUGCACCGAAGCUGCUGAAAAAAGUAUGAUGAUUCUAAUUUCUACUUUUAGCAAAGCUCAAUGCUGGGAUUUGAAGCCAUAUCCCCCUCACGGAUUUUUUCAAAAAAGCUUUUAAGUUUUAUGAGCAUCUCGUUUUAGUUUCCACUCCACCGCUCUGUUUUUCAGUUGUAAUCUUAAUGAUCCAGAGUUUCAGUGAACAGUUUUAAAGUCUGUUGAACUGAAAUAUUGGCAGCUUCAAUCCAGUUCUCCUAAAACGUAUAAUUAAUAAUAAUAACUUAAACCCAUCGCUAACAAACCACAGUUUUGUCUGCUCUGUUAUUCCCUCCCUCCUUUUUGCAGCUCUAUCAAGUCUUGCCUUUGUUUUUAUCUCCCCUUCUCAAAACUAAAUAAACAUUAAUUAUGAGACACAGAUCACGAGUCCACCUUGUAGUCUGUCCAGUUCAGUCAGUUCAGUCAACUAUUUUGCUAAUUUGCAACUAAGUUCUCUCAGCAGCAAAAGAGGUGUUGUUACGUCAUGUGACUUUAACAUAUUGUGGGUCCUCUAGGCGUCAGCUGUUCACAUCAGCAGCAGCAACAAUGGACGGCAAGAUUUGUUAGUACUUCUUAACUGAUUCCACAUUAUUCAACUUUAUUUGGGAGGAAUAAAUAAAAUUAUUUAAGAAAAUAAUUAUUAUGCAAUGAGCACAAAGGAGUAGGUAUGAAUGCUGCACCUUUUAAACUCCCUAAAUAAAGUUUACAAAGUGAAACA